AUGGCCAAGGCUAUGGCCUCUGAGGAAUGUCAUCAGAAGCUGCACCCUGCCCAGAGUGGACGCGGAGGGCGAGCAGGCGGGCGGCCGCCGCGCUCGGCCCCUGCAGCCGCAGAGUUUGCAGCGGCGGCGGGGGCGGUUGCCGGCCGUAGUCCCGUCCCCGGUGCUGUCGUACGACACUUUGCAGCAGUUGGCGCGGCGCUUUCCGGCCGGCGGCCCGCGGGCCGGUGGGCGGGGCUGGCCGCGCCGUCAAGCUCGGGCCGGGCAGGGGCGGGGCUUGCUCGGAGAGGCUGGCUGGAGCUGACCCAGAGCAGGGGAGCAGUCGGAGCCCGGGUCCGGAGGCCGGCUGCGGUUGCUUCCCGGACGCGCUGGGCGCCCGGGCCCGAGGUCCGCGGGAGAUUGCGCUCCUGGAGCAGCGAAAACGGCCGGAAAACGAGGAAGAUGGCUCUGACAGCAAGAAAGCGGAUGGGCAGCGUGGAGAGGACAAGACUCUAAAUUUUUUCAUCACUAACUGGAAAUACUUGAGCCUGGACGCCUAAUAUGAGAAGAUUUUGAUACAGUACUGUGAGUAAAGGUUUAACAAACCCCCUUUCUUCUCUACAGACAGAUUUCACUUUGGGUUGCCUUUUUAACUUGUCCUAGAAACCUGAUGAAGUUACAACGUCAACUGUGUUACAAAACAUCCUUGCUUGUGUCAGAAGUGCUCUCUGACUGGUACACUGCUUCUGGCUGGACAAAAUGGAAUCAUCUUUAAACACCUGUCAGGAAGCCAGAACUUGAGGAUCUUCCUUAACUGAGUUUGGGGAUGUAAAAGGUAAAUCCGGGUAACUAUUAUGAGAUGUGCAAGUUCCCCCGGUCUAG